AGAGGAUCUGGCAGGAUGAAGAAAUGGGGGAGCUCAGACUUAUGGGAAUCUCAGGACCUGCCUCAAGAGGACUCCUGCCCAGAGCCCCUAGAUGGAGACCCUAACUCCAGGCCAGCUCCAGCCAAGCCCCACAGCUUCCCUGCGGCCAAGAGCCGCAGCCGGCUCUUUGGAAAGGGUGAUUCGGAGGACACAUCCCUUAUGGACUGCUCUUCUGAGGAAGGUCAGCUGGCAUCCUGCCCGGCCAUCACAGUCAGCCCUGUUGUCAUCGUCCAGAGGCCUGGGGAUGGUCCCACCUGUGCCAGGCAGCCAUCCCAGGACUCUGCUGCCGAGAACCUCAAGCUCUACAAUCGCAGGAAGAUCUUUGAAGCAGUUGCUCAGAAUAACUGCGAGGAGCUGGAGAGCCUGCUGCUUUUUCUGAAGAAGAGCAAGAAGCAUCUCAUGGACAGCGAAUUCAAAGACCCGGACACAGGGAAGACCUGCCUGCUGAAAGCCAUGCUCAACCUGCACAACGGGCAGAAUGACACCAUCCCCCUGCUCCUGGAGAUCGCCCGGCAGACGGACAGCCUGAAGGAGCUGGUCAACGCCAGCUACACGGACAGCUACUACAAGGGCCAGACGGCACUGCACAUUGCCAUCGAGAGACGGAACAUGGCACUGGUGACCCUCCUGGUGGAGAACGGGGCCGAUGUCCAGGCCGCGGCCAAUGGGGACUUCUUUAAGAAAACCAAAGGGCGGCCUGGCUUCUAUUUUGGUGAGCUGCCCCUCUCCCUGGCUGCGUGUACCAACCAGCUGGGCACCGUGAAGUUCCUGCUGCAGAACUCCUGGCAGUCGGCCGACAUCAGCGCCAGGGACUCGAUGGGCAACACCGUGCUGCACGCGCUGGUGGAGGUGGCUGACAACACGGCCGACAACACCAAGUUUGUGACGAGCAUGUACAACGAGAUUCUGAUCCUGGGGGCCAGACUCCACCCUGCGCUGAAGCUGGAGGAGCUCACCAACAAGAAGGGGCUGACGCCGUUGGCUCUGGCCGCCAGGAGUGGGAAGAUCGGGGUCCUGGCCUAUAUUCUCCAGAGGGAGAUCCAGGAGCCCGAGUGCAGGCACCUGUCCAGGAAGUUCACUGAGUGGGCCUACGGGCCCGUGCACUCCUCACUGUACGACCUCUCCUGCAUCGACACCUGUGAGAAGAACUCAGUGCUGGAGGUGAUUGCCUACAGCAGCAGUGAGACACCUAAUCGCCAUGACAUGCUCUUAGUGGAGCCGCUCAACCGCCUCCUGCAGGACAAGUGGGACAGAUUCGUCAAGCGCAUCUUCUACUUCAACUUCUUCAUCUACUGCCUGUAUAUGAUCAUCUUCACCACGGCCGCCUACUACAGGCCUGUGGAAGGCCGGCCUCCCUUUAAGCUGAAACACACCGUUGGGGGCUAUUUCCGAGUCACUGGAGAGAUUCUUUCUGUAGCAGGGGGAGUCUACUUUUUUUUCCGAGGGAUUCAAUAUUUCCUGCAGAGACGGCCAUCACUGAAGACCUUGUUUGUGGACAGCUACAGUGAGAUGCUUUUCUUUGUGCAGUCGCUGUUCAUGCUGGGGACCGUCGUGCUAUACUUCUGCCACUGCAAGGAGUACGUGGCCUCCAUGGUUUUCUCCCUGGCCAUGGGCUGGACCAACAUGCUCUACUACACCCGCGGCUUCCAGCAGAUGGGCAUCUAUGCUGUCAUGAUUGAGAAGAUGAUCCUGAGAGACCUGUGUCGCUUCAUGUUUGUUUACCUCGUUUUCUUAUUUGGGUUUUCCACAGCGGUGGUGACGCUGAUUGAGGAUGGGAAGAAUGACUCCGUGUCGGCUGAGACGACGUCGCACAGGUGGCGAGGUCCCGGCUGCCGGCCGUCGGACAGCUCCUACAACAGCCUGUACUCCACUUGUCUGGAGCUGUUCAAGUUCACCAUCGGCAUGGGCGACCUGGAGUUCACGGAGAACUAUGACUUCAAGGCCGUCUUUGUCAUCCUGUUACUGGCCUAUGUGGUUCUCACGUACAUCCUCCUGCUCAACAUGCUCAUUGCCCUCAUGGGUGAGACAGUCAACAGGAUCGCACAGGAGAGCAAGAACAUCUGGAAGCUGCAGAGAGCCAUCACCAUCCUGGACACGGAGAAGAGCUUCCUUAAGUGUAUGAGGACGGCCUUUCGCUCAGGCAAGCUGCUGCAGGUGGGGUACACAGCUGACGGCAAGGACGACUACAGGUGGUGUUUCAGGGUGGACGAGGUGAACUGGACCACCUGGAAUACCAACGUGGGCAUCAUCAAUGAAGACCCGGGCAACUGUGACGGCAUCAAACGCACCCUGAGCUUCUCCCUGCGGUCGGGCCGAGCUGCAGGGAGGAACUGGAAGAACUUUGCCCUGGUUCCCCUCUUAAGAGAUGCAAGUACUCGAGAAAGACACCCUGCCCAGCCUGAGGAAGUUCAUCUGAAGCACUUCGCGGGGUCCCUCAAGCCAGAAGAUGCCGAGAUUAUCAAGGAUUCUGCUGCUUUAGGAGAGAAGUGA